AUGUGGAGAUUGAAGGGAUACGAUCCUUAUUGGAAUGUCUUUCGCACACCAUCGACAAGGUCUCGUCGAAAACUGGGCUCACCAAAGCCACCUGCACCCCGACCGUUCUCUGUUUCUCGUCGAGUCUUAGCACAGCAAAUUGACCCUGCAAAGCGGCGGACAGUAUGGCGACACUACCUUCAGAUCUCCUUUGGGGUUGUAUUCGUUGGCGCCAUCAUUUACAAUAUGGCGACUGCAUCAUCCACGGAGCUCGACUCACCCUCCCCUGUCAAAUUCUCUAAGCCGUCAACUACCCUAGCAGAGGUAGACGAGGUCACGAAGAGGAGGACCAGGAUCACACGACUCUCUCCUAUGCGGCUUCGAAUGGAAGCUCUGAUUAAUGAUCAUCAGAAUCGUAUCGUCUUCGCACUUGAGAAUAUUGAUGGCAAGAAGUUCCGAAGAGACAACUGGAGCAGGCCAAACGGUGGUGGAGGAACCUCGUGCGUUUUACAGGAAGGAAACGUGUUUGAAAAGGCGGGUGUCAACACGAGUAUUGUAUACGGUACAUUACCACGACCAGCAAUCGAAAAAAUGAGGGCAGACCACAAGUCUUUCGUUGAUGCGGACGUGGAGUCGCUUGAUUUUUUCGCCGCUGGUAUUUCUCUGGUAUUGCAUCCGCACAAUCCAAUGGCGCCUACAGUCCAUCUCAACUACCGAUACUUCGAAACCUCGGACCCGAGAGACCCUGUCAAUGCUACGGGUCAAGUCACCCAGAAUUGGUGGUUCGGCGGCGGAACAGAUCUUACUCCAAGCUACUUGUUUGAGGAGGAUGCGCAACAUUUCCACACAACCAUCAAGACUGCAUGUGACAAGCAUGACAAGGAAUAUUAUCCAAAGUUCAAGAAGUGGUGUGAUGAAUACUUCAGAAUACCACAUCGGGAUGAAUCGAGAGGUCUUGGUGGCAUUUUCUUCGAUGAUCUAGAUGCUUCAUCUAGGCCACUAGCCAAGAAUCCGCAGGAAGACAUCUUUCAGUUCGUUACGACUGGUCUAGAGGCUUUUUUACCAUCAUAUCUUCCCAUCUUGAAAAGGAGGAAAGACAUGCCAUAUCUACCAGAGCACAAGCUAUGGCAACAAAUCCGGCGGGGCCGUUAUGUGGAAUUUAAUCUAGUUAAUGACAGAGGUACGAGCUUCGGAUUACGAACACCAGGCGCGCGUAUUGAGAGCAUUCUUAUGAGUCUACCUCUGACAGCAAGGUGGGAAUACAUGCAUCCUUGGUCUGGGAUUGGAGUUGAGCAUACACAAGAAGAGGCAGGCGGUGAGACCGGCAUUAAAGAAAGGGAAUUGAUGCAAGUACUUAAGAAGCCUAGAGACUGGAUUACUUGA